GAUCAUUGACUUAGUUACCAUCUUUAGCAAGUGAUCAGUCUCUGCUUUCAGCCAUCUGAAUCUGUCUCCCUGUUUCCCGCGUCUCCUGCUUCAGACUCUUCUAUUGUCUUUUUUAUUAAGCUUGAUCAUCAUUUUUUUCCGCAAUGGCGGCCACCAUUGACGAGCUGAAGAACCUUCCGAUCACAAGUGGCGAGAUCAUCGCGGAAUAUGUCUGGAUCGGAGGAAGUGGAAUCGACGUCAGGGCCAAGGCCAGGACUGUGAAGGGCCCUAUCGGACCCGGUGACGUGGCGAAGCUGCCCAAGUGGAACUUCGACGGAUCUAGCACGGGCCAGGCUCCCGGCACGGACAGCGAAGUCAUUCUCUACCCGCAGGCUGUGUUCAAGGACCCCUUCCGCGGCGGCGACAACAUCCUGGUCAUGUGCGACUGCUACACGCCGCAAGGAGCCCCCAUCCCCAGCAACAAGCGCGCCUUCGCCGCCGAAGUCCUCGAGAAGGUCAAGGACCACGAGCCCUGGUUCGGCCUCGAGCAAGAGUACACCCUCUUGAAAAAAGACGUCAAGUGGCCUCUCGGCUGGCCCACCGGCGGGUACCCGGCCCCCCAGGGCCCGUACUACUGCGGCACGGGCGCGGAUAAGGCCUGGGGGCGCGACAUUGUUGACGCGCAUUACAAGGCGUGCUUGUAUGCGGGGAUCAAGAUCAGCGGGAUCAACGCGGAGGUGAUGCCCGGACAGUGGGAGUUCCAAGUGGGCCCGUGCACGGGCAUCGAGGCGGGCGACCACCUGUGGAUGGCGCGGUAUCUUCUGGAGCGGGUGACGGAGAUGGCGGACGUGGUGCUGUCGCUUGAUCCCAAGCCGAUUGAGGGCGACUGGAACGGCGCCGGCUGCCACACCAACUACAGCACCAAGGCCAUGCGCGAGGAGGGCGGGUACGAUCUGAUCGUGAAGGCCAUUGAGAAGCUGGGGCUGAAGCACAAGGAGCACAUUGCGGCGUACGGCGAGGGCAACGAGCGGCGCCUGACGGGCAAGCACGAGACGGCUGACAUGAACACCUUCUCCUGGGGUGUUGCUAACCGUGGCUGCUCAGUCCGCGUGGGUCGUGACACAGAGGCCCAGAAGAAGGGUUACUUCGAGGACAGGCGGCCAUCGUCCAACAUGGACCCAUACAUUGUCACGGGCAAGAUCGCAGAGACCACCAUUCUGUGGGAGCCCACUGCGUAAACGUCUUGACAACAGAUCAGAGCACAUCACUGCAAUACAUAUUUGACACAUUCCACGAAACGGGCCUGUUUAGGAAAGGCUAUGUGAUCGUUUUUUUCUACCCUCAUCUUGCUAUGUUAGCAUCAUGUAUUAUUGUAAAUCAAUAAAGCCAAUUCAAUGCCUGAAUUAGAAGCUGAGAGGAAUUCACCUUACAGGCUGGUGAUUGAGCUCCUAACUGCUGGGGUGAGAAUCACUUGUUCAAUACAGCUUCGGGUUUAGGGUGGGGUUUAGAGCGACAUGUGGUUAGGAUGAUUAUUCUGCAUCUCCUUCAAU